CUUUGUUUCUUUUCUCCUCGAACGUGAACAGGGCGCGUUUGAAAAGCUAGCUAGCCAAUAUUACACUGCUAAAUACAGGGAAAUAUUUUUUCUUAAAUCGAGCUGGUGACCAUACAAGAUCUGGUGUUAUGAGACUCCAGUUCUAGAAGACUUGUGAAUAAACACAGCCCACUUGGCACACACUGAUUGAAUCGGAGUUGUUUUCACAUCAUUUUCAUUCAAUUACUUUGAACCAACAUGGAAUAGACAUCUGUGCCCAGCGGGAGGACACCUCAAACUUGUGACAGCUCCAUUCAAAAACUUGCUGUUUUUUACCAAGAAACAUUCUAACUCGACAGACAAUAUGAGUCAAAAGAAGGGAACAUUGAUGGAUGAAAUCGAAAAGAGUUUAUGGAAUUUAACUGAGGACAAUUUACGCUCCCUUUGUGAACGUUAUGGCCGAGAUGCAUCCGAAGUUAAAGGAAUCGAUCACCGCUCGUUGCGGCGUAAAAUCAUGGAGGAAAUGUGGGACAAUACGGAUUCAAUGAAAUCAGAGGAGCAGGGACUAUCUUGGUUAGUUCAACUGAAAGAGGACAUCAGAAGGAUGCUGGAGGAUGCUAGUGGUGCACCCGUGAGUCCCAGCAAAGCCGAUGAAGAUGAUCCUGUAGACUGCGAUGAAGGAUGGAAUGGAGAGGGUGGGGCUGGGUUACCUAGUAACAGGUUGGAGGUGGAGCCCAUGAGUCCCAGCCAAUCUGAUGAUAAUGACGCUGCAGACUGUGACGCAGGGGACACGGAUUGGUUGCCUAGCAAUAGGCUGGAGGCAGAGUCCACGAGUCCCAGCCAGUCCGGUGAUUGUGAUGCUGCAGGCUGCGAUGAAGAAUUGGACAUGGAGGUCAGGGAUUGGUUGCCUAGCAAUGGGCUGGAGGUGGAGUUAUCUCCAGAGCAGAAGGUGAAUAUUUAUUUUCCCAGUCAGAAAGACAAGCGACACCCACCGAAGACCCUGUGUCGUGCCUCUCCCGGUACCGCCUUAAUUUGGGGUCUGAAGAGGGUGUCUGUGCAGCUGAUGGACUGCAGGAAAACACCAGGGCAGAAAACCUCCAAGAAAACCCACUCCUGUGCUCAGUGUGGGAAGAGUCUUGCCACAAAAGAUAUUCUGGAGCGACAUCUGCUAACUCACACUGGAGAGAAACAGAAAAAUAUAUGCGCUGAAUGUGGAAAAGUAUUCAGUACAUUUUCCAGCCUUACCAGGCAUCUGAAAACUCACACUGGAGAGAAACGUCAUGUUUCUGAAACCACAUGCUCUGAAUGCGGAAAGACAUUCAGUACACAUUCCAGUCUUAGGAGACAUCUGCUAACUCACACUGGAGAGAAACCGUAUGUUUGCCCUCGUUGUAAGAAAGGUUUCAAUGAUCCAGGAAACUUGAAGAAACACAUCAGGAGAGCUCACCCAGGAGAUAAGUUGGGUGUGGAGAGGCUCUACCGUGAACCGUGUCCUCACUGUGGGGAUAAAUUUCCCACAAAGAAGGCUUUGGAGGAGCACCUGGUAACCCACACAGGAGAGAAACCUCACCAGUGCUCUGACUGCAGGAAGGGAUUCAAGGAAUUGUCUAGUCUUAAGAGGCAUCUGAGAACUCAUACUGGGGAGAAACCAUACAUUUGCCCUCAUUGUGGCAAGCCUUUUAAUGAUCCAGGAAACUUGAAGAAACACAUGAAAAGAACUCACUCCGGAGAACAUUCCAAAGAGAAACCUUCUAAGAACAAUGUUGGUUCUUCAGAACAGGAGGAGACCGUAAAGAAGCCAGUCUUUCAUCCAUGUUCUCACUGUGGGAAGAAGUUGUCAACCAAGACAAGACUAAACAUUCACCUGAAGACCCACACUGUAGAGAAAUCUCACAUCUGCCCCGACUGUGGGAAGAGCUUUGCUUUCCGUCCCUCCUUGACCAAACAUCAGAAACUUAGUCAUUCAGAGCACGGAGGAGUGAAACGGCACGAAUGUUCAGUGUGUGGUAAAGUCUUUAAUCAACCAGGAGCCUUGAGGUCCCAUCAAAGAACCCACACUGGAGAGAAACCUCACCUCUGUGCUGACUGUGGGAAGAGUUUCUCUUUUCAGUCAUCUCUGAAAAGACAUCAGGCACUCCACGCAGCAGGUAGUGCGAAGCCCCACAUGUGCUCUGUCUGUGGGAAAGGCUUUAGAGAUUCUGGAUACUUAAUAAAACAUCAAGCCAUCCAUUCAGAAGAGAAACCUCACCUCUGUUCUGAUUGUGGAAAGACUUUUGCAUCCUUAUUUACCUUAACAAAUCAUUCCAAAUUGCAUCGUUUAAACAGAGACCAAUUCCAAUGCCCUGAAUGCAAGCGCCAUUUCCCAACAAAGGAAAGGCUGACAAGCCACCAGAGAACGCAUACCGGGGAGAAACCAUUUCGCUGCUCCCAAUGCCACAAACGCUUCUCUCACUCAAGUAGUUAUCAAAGGCACCUUCGUAUGCACACUGGGGAGAAACCCUUCAUUUGCCCCCUUUGCGGGAAGCAAUUUAACGACUCUUCGAAUCUUAGAACACAUAUUAGAAGACAUAAAGGAGAGAAGGUAGGCAAGACACAGGUCUCUGAGCCAUGCCCUCACUGUGGGAAGAGGCUGGCUUCUAAGGCAGGGUUAGAGACUCACCUGCGGACCCACACUGGAGAGAAACCUCACCUCUGCGCCGACUGCGGCAAGAGCUUUGGCUUCCACUCAGCUUUGAGAAGACAUCAGAAAACGCAGCACAGAGAGCAAGUAGCGAAGCCACACGUCUGCUCUGUCUGUGGAAAAGGUUUCAUGGAAUCUGGAGCGCUGAAGAAACAUGUGGUGACCCACGAGGAGAAACAGCACCUCUGCCCCGACUGCGGGAAGACCUUCAGGGUGGUUCAGGCCUUGUCAAAUCAUCAGAGAACCAAGCAUCAAAAAACGAACAAGGAAGAAAGAGAGAAGAAUCCGUUCCUGUGCCUUACUUGCGGCCAGGAAUUCAAUUCAAAGCAUAGAUUGGUAAUCCACGAGCGAAAGCACACAGGAGAGAAGCCUUACCAAUGCUCCCAUUGCGACAAACGCUUCACUGAGAAGUCAUACAUGAAACGUCACCAGACGGUGCACACGGGAGAGAAACCAUUCCAAUGCUCCGUCUGCGACAUGAAGUUCUCGCAUGGUGCAUCUUUAAUACGGCACCGCCUAAUACACUCGGGUGAGAAACCGUACCGCUGCACUUACUGCGACAAGAGUUUCUCUCAGUCAAAUACCCUGAAAACACACAUACUAACGCACACCGGAGAGAAACCGUACCAGUGCCCAGACUGCGGGAAGCGUUUCACUGAAAAGAAAGCCAUGAAGAAACACCAGCGCAACACACACGGAACAGAGACACACAGCAAUACACACGGGUCAGGGGCACACAACUCUGCUUUCUCUUUGCCUGGUAAAAAACAGAGAUUGAGUCAAGACCAGAGCCCUCGAGCAAAGCCGUACCAAUGCCCUGACUGUGGCAAGUGUUUCUCAGAGAAAAGAGCUCUUACGAAACACCAGAAGACACACCGGAGAGACAGCACCCCCUAUUGGUCCGGUAUACUGCAGCGAUGGAGUGAAGACCCGCAACACACUAAUACUGACUCAGACUCUGACCAAGACCAAGACUGGACCUCUUUGUAAAGACUCAGACAGGACCUCUUUAUAAAGACUCAGACCGGACCUCUGUAUAAAGACUCAGACCGGACCUCUGUAUAAAGACUCAGACCGGACCUCUGUAUAAAGACUCAGACAGGACCUCUUUAUAAAGACUCAGACCGGACCUCUGUAUAAAGACUCAGACAGGACCUCUUUAUAAAGACUCAGACCGGACCUCUUUAUAAAGACUCAGACAGGACCUCUUUGUAAAGACUCAGACAGGACCUCUUUAUAAAGACUCAGACCGGACCUCUGUAUAAAGACUCAGACAGGACCUCUUUGUAAAGACUCAGACAGGACCUCUUUAUAAAGACUCAGACCAAGACAGGAGAGACUCAGACCUCUUUAUAAAGACUCAGACAGGGCCUCAGUAUUGACCCCCAGUCAGAUGAGCCCAGGACCUCGUUUAAACAGGGCAGAUGGGAUUGUGUUGUCUUGUUUUGGCCAGCAGUUCUUCAGGCUUUUCCCCUUCUUCACACUGUCAACCUUCAGUAUGUCAAUUCUGCUUUAAUUAAAGCAAUUUUUGUUUCGUUGCGUGUUGUAUUGAGACUUUUCUCAAUUAUAUAACAUGAUAUAUAUAUAUAUUUAUUUUUUUAAAGAGUGUAAUUGCACCAAGAGCAUGAGAAGAUCAUUCUUUCAACCAAAGAUCAUUUGGUUGAAAACACCAAGAUGAGAUCAACACUCCAUCUUCGGUAUAAACAAGCUGAGGGAUGGGAAUGGGGGGAAAAACAACCCCAAAUUCAUAGACAUGGCAACAGAAAGCUGAGGGAUGGGAAUGGGGGGAAAACAACCUCAAAUUCAUAGACAUGGCAACAGAACGCUAAGGGAUGGGAAU